AUGUCUUUUAAUCCAGCAUGUCAGCACCCACCGAGACCUCCAAUGGCGAUCCCGCCGCCCUACGCCGACCUCGGCAAAUCUGCCAGAGAUGUCUUCAACAAAGGAUUUGGUUUCGGCCUUGUGAAACUGGAUGUGAAAACGAAAUCUGCAAGCGGAGUGGAGUUCUCGACCGCUGGCUCAUCGAACACAGACACGGGGAAAGUGAACGGGAGCUUGGAGACCAAAUACAAGUGGACCGAGUACGGGGUGACUUUCACAGAAAAAUGGAACACGGACAACACUCUGGGAACAGAAAUGGCGAUUGAAGAUCAGAUUGCCAAAGGUUUGAAGUUGACAUUUGACACGACCUUCUCACCAAACACAGGGAAGAAGAGCGGCAAGAUAAAGUCUGCCUAUAAGCGGGAAUGCGUAAACAUUGGGUGCGACGUUGACUUUGAUUUUGCUGGCCCUGCCAUCCACGGCGCGGCCGUCCUUGGUUACGAGGGUUGGCUCGCUGGUUACCAAAUGACCUUCGACAGUGCCAAAUCCAAGCUGACGAGAAAUAAUUUCUCUGUGGGUUACAAGACCGGGGACUUCCAACUGCACACCAACGUCAAUGACGGGUCAGAAUUCGGGGGCUCGAUUUACCAAAAAGUCAGCGACAAACUUGAGACCGCGGUCAAUCUCAACUGGACAGCAGGCAGCAAUAGCACUCGGUUCGGAAUCGCGGCAAAAUACCAGCUGGAUUCCACUGCUUCUGUUGCGGCAAAAGUGAACAAUUCUAGUCUAGUUGGAGUUGGCUACACCCAGACCCUGAGGCCCGGUGUGAAGCUGACUCUCUCUGCCCUGAUAGACGGAAAGAACAUCAACGCCGGCGGCCAUAAACUUGGUCUUGGCCUGGAAUUAGAGGCUUAAAGGGAGUUGAAGCUGCCGCAGGAAACGGGAUAUCGGGAAGAAUAUGGCCUUAAAAAACGUAAUUCCAGUGUGACCCAGAGGUUUUUUCCCCCCUCCCUCUUCGGCGGGAUGGCCUAGAACAAAGAGCUGUAUUCGGAGUAUUUAGGCAGUUCCCUUGUUAGCUGGUUUUUAGUUUAAAUUGGUUACCUACCUAGUUCUUAACUCUGCAUAAGUGCAGUCACUACACGAUACAUUAUUUAAAUGUAUUUAACUGUUGAAUGUGCUACCCACCAAUAAUGAAAUAGACUUUAUGACAAAA